CAUGAGAAGUUUUCCUGUUCGCAUAUAACGAGCCAUUAUUCACACAACGAGAGGCGAGCAGCGCACAAACACCCGCGGACUCAUUCAUUCACAGGGUGCAGCGUGUAGGAGUGUGUGUAUCGAGAUAAAGAAUGGCAUCCAGCAAUGCUUAUGCGCAGAGAGACCCGAUGCUAAAGAAGAGAGAUGACUUUGAGGACAUUCUAGAGGAGAGGAGGAACUCCAGCGACCUGAGAUACGCCCUCAAGUGUUACACCCCGGCUCUGUACAAAGGUGUGGCACCUUGUAAAUCGAGCAUGCUGAAGAGCAUGGUGCUUCAGUCUGACCAGCUCCACUAUGUCAUCCAGCAGGUGUCUAAAGAGACGGGCAGGCAGACUGAUAACGUCCAGGAGGAGGUGUCGGCCAUCUUGGAUGAGAUGGCUCACUCUCUGCAGCUCAGCACCGUUCGUUUCUUUGCCUUCACCCUCAGCAAGAUCUUCAAGUCCUUGUUCAAGAGCAUCCGUGUAAACGAAGAGGGCAUCCAGAGGCUCCAGCAGGCCAUUCAGGACCACCCGGUAGUCCUGUUACCGAGUCACCGUAGCUACAUGGACUUCCUGCUGAUGUCGUACCUCCUGUACACCUACGACCUGACUCUGCCGGUCAUUGCUGCCGGCAUGGACUUCAUGGGGAUGAAAUUUGUUGGGGAGAUGUUCCGGAUGUCUGGAGCUUUCUUCAUUCGAAGGUCAUUUGGAGGAAACAAGCUGUACUGGGCUGUCUUCUCCGAGUAUGUCAAGACAAUGCUCAAGAAUGGAUUUGCACCAGUUGAAUUUUUCCUAGAGGGGACCAGAAGCCGAACGUCCAAGUCUUUGAUUCCAAAGUUGGGCCUGUUGAAUAUUGUCAUGGAUCCGUUCCUUAAAGGCGAGGUGUUUGAUGUGCACGUGGUCCCAGUCAGCAUCAGCUAUGAGAGGAUCUUAGAGGAGACGCUUUAUGCUAGAGAGCUGUUGGGAAUCCCCAAACCCAAAGAGUCUACUUCAGGUCUGUUCAAAGCCAGAAAGGUCCUCAGCGAAGACUACGGCAGUAUCCACGUGUACUUUGGUCAACCUGUGUCUGUUAGGAGUUUAGCCGAGGGGAGAGUUAACCGCUGCCAGUUCAACCUAGUACCAAGACACAUCCCUGGGAGGCCCGACGAGGACAUCCACAGCUUUGUGAACGACUCUGCCUACAAGCUGGUGCGGGCCCAGGAGGACAAUAUGGUCCUGAAGCCGUGGGUCCUUCUGGCCUCCCUGCUGCUGCAGAAGCAGGCGGUGGGGCAGGAGCAGGGGACGGCACUGGACGAGCUGACGGCGCAGGCCGUGUGGCUCAGGGACCUUUCCCGGCAGUACGGCGCCUUCCUCCACUGGCCGGACCAAAUGACUCCAUCAGAAGUAGUUUCCUCCAGUCUUUCUCUGCAUCGGGGUCUGGUGAGGACCUGCGAGGGAAAAGUCCAGCUGGCAUUGGAACAUGAAGGAGGAGCAGUGGGGCCCCAAAGCGCUGCUGCCCUAGAAGAGAAGCUCUUAAGCCAGGCAGUCAUCGUCCUCUCCUGCGCCUCCUACAGGAACCAGGCUCUGCACGUUUUUCUCCGGCCGGCUCUGCUGGCCUCCGCUAUCCACGCCGCUUCCUCCAACCAGAAACAGGAGGUCUUCAACAGUUUCAGCUUCCUGAGGAACAUGUUUUCCAAUGAGUUCAUCCUCUGCCCUGGAGCUACAGUGCAGGACUUUGAGGAGGCCUGUUACCUGCUGGUGAAGACAGGAACACUGCAGGUCACCCAGAAGGAGGUUCUGGUGAACGAAAGAGGACACAGGACACUGGCCUUCCUCGUCAGUAUGCUGGAUCCCUUCCUACAAGGAUACCAGGUGGUGUGCCGGUUUUUGUGUGAAGAGGCCACUGAGACUCUGACAGAAAAACAGUUUAUUCCUGCCAUCCGGAAAUUCAUCAUCAAACAUCUUCUAGCAGGUAGACUCCGGUAUGCUGAAGUGUUGUCGUCUGACCUUCAGAAAAACUCUUUGGCUGCCUUUCUAAGACUCGGAGCUGUAGAGAAAAUCAAAGGCGUGGAUCAGGAGACGUUAAAGGUCAACGCGGCGAUGGUGAACUCGUUGGAAGACACUCUAGGAGGAAAACUUCCCACUCAGAAAGCGGUCGUCGCUCGCCUCUAAUCCACCGACCUCGUUAUCCGAAAGGGGUUGAAGAGUGUUGAUCAUUUCUUACCUGCAUCCACCGACGUAUCGGCUCGACCAGACAAAAGGAUUGCUAUUUGGUGAAAGCUUAAUUUAUUUUCUUUAUCGUCGCCUCUUUUCUCAAUGUGCUCCUUUUGUGUGUCUCUCCCUCUCGCCCAUCUUUCUAUUGAAAAAAAGCUUUUGUAUAUGUUAAUAAAGCCAGGUGAUGAGUAAGGCCUGCACAGGUUGAUUUUCACGCUCUUUGAGUUAUUAUGAAAAAGGGGCUUUUUCAGGGGUGAAAGCUUCUGAAUGUGCCACCUCCACUCAGCAUAGUGGCCAUUCCCACUCGUGCAUGGCUGAGUAUCUUCAGCUAUCAGUGUGCCUUUCCUUGGUGUCAUUCCCCAUCUGCUAAUCCGUUGCUAGACUUGUCUCUUUUUAUUUUGAGCACUUUAAUGAAUUUGUUCAUGCAAUGUGGAGUAGACUUAUACCUUAACACCGUUGACAUACCGCUUCUCAUUUCUUGUGGAACAAAUGAAAUUUGUGGAUUUGAAGAUUUGGUUGGUCACAUAAUUUAGUUUUUGGGUUUAAACUUUUUCUUUUGCACCGUUUGAACAAAAGAUUAUACGUAUUUGAGUUGAACUGCCACAGACCCAAUGCCUUCUACAAGAACAGCUGGUUUAAAGUGUCAUGGCUGGAACACACAGAGCUUUGUUCAUUGUUGUUUACACAGCACAGGUAAUGUUACAGGUGUGUUGCAGGUGUGUUGCCAGUUGCCAAACUCUGUAAAAUUGCAGUUAGUUGUUCCCGAAGCACCAGCUACACCAAAGGGACGAGUUGGACGCAGAUGAUUUAGAUAAUUUGAUCGCAAGUGUAGAAUAGUUACUGGUUUGAAUAUACAGACUAUAUAGUUUAUUUAUAUUCAAAGCAAUACAUUAUUGAUGACGUUUUGUUACAGGGAAAACUAGGUGAGCCAAAACAAAGUAAAAUAUAAGACAGAAACUUUAUUAAAGUUUUGAAAAUAUUCAAGUUGAUGUAGUUAACAGACAUGUUGCGAAGGUGAAGGGUGUAAUUUACAAUAAACUUUGGGUUUUACAGAAAUUGACACAUCCACCGAUACGCUUUUAUUCUGACCAGACAAUAACCAGUACAAAAUGUUUUUUUUUUAUUGUUGCCAAUAUGAUACCGGAGUUUUGGAGAACAUUUUUGAUACCUCUUUCUAAAAUAUUUUUGCGUUCCUGUUACUGAAGCCUUCGGUUAGUCUUUCAAUUUUCAUAACUCUUUUUCUUAUUGUGUUAUCAGCUCAAAACGAGCGCUCACUGUCUACCAGACUCCGCCAUGUUUUACUGCCAACCUUCAGAACCUGGAAAGCAGUGUGUGUGUGUCAAAACCAAUGUGUGUUCAUGGAACACGGGAUUGUCAACUACAUGUCCUAAGUUAACCCUAAAAUGGUUGAAGACGUCUGUUGAGAUUUUGAAAAUGUGAAAUCUUAAUUCUUUUGUUGUAUUAGUUUUACCUUUUUUGUAAAGGACUUGGUUGCGCAAUUGUUUGCUUGAAUGAUCUUAAAUGCUCUAAUGAAACGGACCAAUAUGAGUCUGGUGUUCUUGUUGAAAACUGUGUGUAGCACACGUGGAGUUCUUCAUCUUCCAUUUUGAAACCAGUCACACUUCACAAUCAAAUGAUCCCAACAAUGUAAAAAUUUCACCUCCAGCUUUUGAUUUUUUUUUUAAAUUGAUACUGUAAAACUCACAGAAGUAACCCAACUACUAGUUACCUCUGCAGCUAACUAAUGUUUGUAGAACAACAAUCUGCCUGUCGAAACAUCCAAACUAGACAGCACAACGGUUUUAUACACUAUAAUGUCUGAAGAUGACUCAUUUGUGUGAUUGUGUGCUUUUUAAUACAAACUGUAAAUGCCUGUUAAUAAAGAGUUUUGAAAUAUGAAA